AUGGUCUUCUUGGUUUGGAGCCUCGGUUUGCUUCCCUUGCCUUUAGCUCGUGAACUAGCUCGAGCCGGAGCUUUCUUCACCGGAGUAGAUCGAGUCUUUGAGGCUUGGCUUUGGAGAUGGAAGGCGAUGCAUGUGCCUUCUCCUUCAUCUUCUUUGACGGUGGAAGUCCGGUUGAUCGAGAAUUUCCUCUUCCGGGUAAUGAGCGAUGCUCAUCAUCGCUUUCUUCAUCGGAAACGGCAUAGCGAGUUUGAGCGAAAGCCGAUUUCGGGAUCUCCGGCAUGUAGGAGAAGCGGUUCAGGCGUCGGCUCCUUCUGCUCAGAUCGAAACGGUUGGCCGGGAAUGAGUUCAUCGAGACCUCGUCGUGUGGAGAAACGACCGGAGUUGGAUCUCUCGGUGGAAUCGAAGCGUCGGGCUCCGUGA